AUGACUUCGACACGGACAUCGCUCGCAACGCCGUGUCCUGCGCCGACUGGCCUCAACCCGUCGCACCGCAGGAUAUCGUCACUGGAGCUUUUCACGGACGAUACGACAGCCAACAUCGACUACACACGAGCUCUCGACCAGCCGCUCACCGGCAUCAAGCCUAGGAGGCGAUCCAUGAUGGGCGUUGGCAGAGCAAAGAAGGCAGCACCUGUCACGGUGUUCGAAGACGUGCAGGAAGAUGAGGAACUGGUGCUUGGUGACAACCGCCAGAAAGCAGUUCAAGCGUUCAGAGCCGCGGGCGGACGGAGAGAGAGCAUGAUGGGUGGUGAUUUGGAUGUUAGGAUGAUGGGUGGAGAGACGAAUACUGACAGCAGUCUGGCCGGAAUGCGGGCAGAGAGAAGCAUCACAUAUGCUGCUGAGAAAGAGGGCAGUGCGACUGUUGGCAUUGCCAGGAAGCCGCGCCGUGCCACCAUCUACAUCCCAGAGGACACUACUGUUAUGACGAUUCACCCUGGUGUCGAUAACACCAGUCGCCUGGACGACACUUUCCACGUACCAGCUGCCAAGUCUUCAUGCCAGCCGACGAUGUCACAAAUUCAGAAACCUGAGAGGCAGCUGCCGGCACGCCGACCCAGACAGUCUCUUGCUGCAGCCCCUAAGCGUCUUCCGCUGCGGGAGUCUAUUUCAACUCAGAACAUGCCCGGCUGGGAUGUAGCAGGCUGCAAUACCGGCAAGGAGAACGUACCACCAGGUGCUGUUGACCAAAUUCAGAAGAAAAUGAAGAAUCUAGGCCUGGCAGAGAAGCAGCCACCUGCGCGCCGACCUCGACCAAGUCUCAUGGAAUCGAUUGCUGAAUCUCGUCGUCGAGCCUCGUUGAUGCCACGGCCGUAUGCCCGGCCUGAGGUUGAUCAACUGCAGGAGCCUAUACUCAAGACAAACGUCUCGUUCAACUUCAAUCGCAAUCGCCCCGCUGGAGUGCCACGGCGCACUGUCACUACUGAGGCAAGCUAUGUGGUUCCUACGAAGAAGUCUAGUCCUUCGCACUCGGCCGCCAUUCGUUCCGUAAAAUUCAAGGUGCCGACGCCACCGAAGCCUCAACCAGUCAAUGUUGCCGAGGAGAAGCAGCAAAUUCGCAACUUUAUUGCCACGAAGCGCAGCGAGCAACACGCUGCAAAGGUAAAAGACUACCCAGUUCUGUCCGGAGACCUCUCUCAGCCAGAGUUGUAUGAGAAUGAGUGGCUCGCAUAUCAAGAGAUUGCACUCACGGAGGUCGCAAACGAGAUUUUCGCCAAGUCUACGCCAAUUUCCCAGCACUCCCUUCGUGGAAAUGCGUUACGGGAGAAGCUCAUCGAGAUCUACAACCAGCCGGAGAUUGCGCUCCUGCAUCGUCGCGUACAAGCAUCAUUAGAGUACGGUGCGCUUUCGCCGCCGCAGGAUUCGUUCUCGACUCGGAACCCAAGCCUUGAUAUUGGCUUGCGCAAGCGUCUAAUCGGUCUCUGGCUUGACACCUAUGACGAGAACGCACUUCGCACUGCAGCCGAGGUCGUCGCUGGCAGACAGAUCCCAACAUCGACUGGCAUGCUGGAAUGCUCUCUCGACUCUCAUGCUGACAGACGGGCUCUCAAUUCGUUUCUGGAGCUCUUCUUCGUCUGUAUUGGUGAUGUUGCAUACCUGUCUGGGCCCAACACCAAUGGAGAUGGUGAUGCCAUCCGCUGGCGAAAGCUGAUGAGCCGCGGUCUUAUGCUCAUUUUGCUGCUUGACGAGGCAAAGACGUCAGGAUUCCUCGAGGGAUGUCUCUUCAAGCCCGGCUCUACGAAGAUGUCAUCCGCCGGAGUUCUGAACUCCUUUGCUGCAUUGCUCCUCCCAUCUGUCGGAGAUAUCGGCCGCUCUCUCAAGCAUAUGGGUUACGAAGUCACUCAAGUACAAGAUCCUCUGGACGGAGUGGUGUAUCGCAUUGAGAAUCUUGCUGUCGAUCUCCGCGAUGGUAUUCAACUGACCCGGCUUGUUGAGGUCCUGCUCUGUUCCCGAGAAUCUCGAGACCGCAAUCGCAAGGGUCUGGACGACACUCUUGCUGUUCGCAUGCCAGACGAGACAAUCCUCCUGACUUCUCUCGAUACUCACACGACUAACACGCCGUCAUCGCGCGUUCUCUCGAAGUACCUCAAAGUGCCAUGUCUUGGUGCUGCGGAGAAGAAGUACAAUAUUCAGGUAGCUCUCAGCGCUUUGGAGAGCCACAGCAUCGAAGGCAUAAACGUUGUCGGCGAUAUCACCGCAAAGGAUAUCCUCGAUGGCCAUCGAGAGAAGACUCUGAGCUUGAUGUGGCAGCUGGUCAGUGUCUUCGGCCUCGAGCAUCUCGUUGACUGGCGCGAGUUGUAUAACGACGUUGGCCGAUGCACCGGUCACGCACAGACCAUUAGGCAGCCCAACGAAGUUCUGGCCGCUGCUGAUGGCCACAAUCUGCUUCAAGAAUGGGCUUCGGGCUAUGCUGUGAGAGCAGGUCUAGCCCCGAUUCGCAACCUCACAACGGCAUUCACUGAUGGCAAGGUCUACACUGUUAUCCUGAGUGCCUUUGCUGCUUGCAUGUCCGAGGACAAGAAGCAUUUCGCAGAGUUGGGAACCUCGAAGACCAGAGAGAACAUCCGCGAUCAGCUUUCUACUCUAGGCUUCAGCAAGGCCUUUAGCAACCAGAUCGUUAGCUCCAUCGGCACGUUCCCGAGUCGCGAGACCACUAUCUCGAACCUCGCCCUCUUGGCAUCGAGACUCCUGCCAUUAUCCUGCCGCUACCACGCCGCAAUCAAAAUCCAGCGAACUCUUCGCAAGAAACUUGAGCGCAACGAAAUCUUCCGUCGCAUCAAGUUCCUUCGCCUCGCUGUGAAGGCCGAGGAGGAACAGAGACUGCUAAAUGCAGUCCUCUUUGUCCAGCGCAACUGGCGGAAGAAGCAAAAUUCGCGUGUCGAGUCCUUCCAGUCUCUCGCUCGAGGCUGGCUUUCUCGUAAUCACGGCGGAUCUGGUGCUCGCCGAAUCAUGGGAGGAUGGGAGUUCGGGCUGGAUGCGGAGAUGAGUUUUGGGUCGAUUUUUAUCAUUUCGGUAGCUUUCAGCUCUCGGGUUUCAGUAUUGCACGAAGCUCAUGGCAUCACAGAUAAAUCCUGCUAUGCGUGCGAGAGGAUAGAGAUGGAUGCAUGUGAGGGGAGGGAUUCAGCGGGUGAGGUGUGGAGUUCAGCGUUGCAUCUGGCUGUGGGUGAGGAAAAGCUGUCAGAGCCGAAUGUCGAGGAGGCGCCGACGACUCACUUCAUGACCGCUCUGCUCCAAGCCAGCAGAUCAGGCUACUUGCUUCGCAUCUGGAUCGUGGAUCCGAACGAUGCGUAG